AUGGUGACGCGAGUCGAGGUUGGCUCCAUAACGUCCCUGUCCGCGGUGCCAGUCCUGGGUGAGAUCGGCAAGGAGGAGGCCCUGAAGCGGACCUACUUCUGCCCUGCUGGUGAUGCCUCGGGGGUUCCCUCAGCCCUGAUCUUGGAAGGAAAAAGACCCCUGAGGAGCCCGGCUCGCUUGUUCCCUCUACAGCUCACCCCAAAACCCUUCUCCAGGGAGCAGGCCCCAGACGUGAAAGUCCCUGUCGCACCCCUUCGGCCCGGUCUGACCGGGCCGUGUCCUUCUGGAGGGCCCUCCGAGGAGGUGGCAGCAAAGGACCUGGACGAGAGCAUGCCUGGUUUGGUGGGACAGGAGGCAGGUAGUGGGGAGGGCCCAAGGAGAAGCUCGUCUGUGUUCAGCAAGACCGCGUUCUUGCGGCCCAGCCCCAAUACUAUGAUUCUCUUUGAAACCACCAAAACCGGCCCCACUCUGGGGAAGGGAGUCAGCAAGGGGACUCAGGAGGCCAUGGCAGGCGCAUUUCAGGAGCCGCCUUCAGGCUCCCAGCCCAAAGUGGCCACCAAGCCUGCUCCACCCGCCAGAAAGCCUGUGGCAACCCUUCCCCGACUAGCCUCCCUGUCCCAGGACACAAGGCCACCUGCGGCCCACGAGGCUGCAAACCAAGACCAGCCUCUCUCAAAGGCCAGCAGUGUAGAGGAUACAGCAGGGCCCACGCCAGAGCCCAGGCCUCAUCCAAAGAGAAGGCCCGCAUCAGCCAUUUUCACCGAAUCCAUUCAGCCCCAGAAGCUGGGCUUUGGUGGGGUGGCCACGGUGGGGAAGGUGCCCCCAACACCUCCUGAGAAGACAUGGAGGAAGCCCAGACCUCUGUCCAUGGAUCUCACGGCCCGGUUUGAGAGCAGAGAGACCUUGCUGAGAAAGGUGACUGACGAGGAAAACAUAUUGAUGGCAGGCUCCACUGCUGGGCUAGACAGGGCCCCACUGGAGCCCAAGAUGGACAGGGAGUCUUUGGCCAAGGCAGAGGCUCCCCUUUGUGACCCGGAUUCAGACUUCCAGGAGGUGACCAAGAAAAUCCACAAACGGAGAGAGAAGAUGCUUUCAAAACAGGAGACAGGCAGCCCCAGAGCCCCGGGGAGCUCCACCAGGGCUGCCCCCAGAGAUGACCAGAGUCCCUGGGAACCAAAAACCAAGUUGGACCGGGAGCCAGAGAAGGUGCCCGAGCCCCUUUCACGGUCACCCAGGUCAGGAAGAGGCCCAGGACUCGCUGAGGUCAAGAGCAGAGUGUCCGAUGGGGAGGCCCCAGCCAGGGCAGAGUGGGCCUCCAGGGGCAGCGUCAGGAAGCGCAUCAGCCUGUUUGUGGAGGAGAAUGCCCUGGCCUCCGCAGCAGCAGUGGGGUGUGAGACCCCCCAGGCCACCCCUGUGUUCCCCCUGAGGGUGCCAGAGCCCGAGAAAGGCAGUGUGAGCGUCCUGGAGCGGAUCAAAUGUUGGGCUGCUGAGAGCCCCGAAGCAAAGCCCAAGGUCAAGAGGAGCCCGGUCCAGGCUCUGUCACCAUCUCGGCCGCUGUCAGCGGAUUUGACUAAAUUGUUUUCAAGUUCACCUUCAAGCAACGAAGUCAAGUAUGAGAAGUGUGCAGAGCUGGGCAUCGAGUUUCCUAAGGAACCGAGAGAAAAGCAAAAGGAAGGGCAUGGUUUGGAUGGAGCAUCUUCCCUGAGAAGCCCCCGGAAGCCUGUGACACUCCAGGAGAAGGCCAGGCACACGGAGCAGAAAGACAGCCCUCACCGAGACCCCGAUAGUGGUCAGGGCAAAAGCUCGGCAGGGGCCUUGUGCCUCUCUGAGGGCACUCCAGAAGCCAAUGGAAGCUUCCAGACUGUGCGGGCCACGGUGUUUGAGCAUCACGUGGAGAGGCACACUGUGGCUGACUCGUCUGGCUGCUGUCUCUCAGCCACCCCACCUGAGGACGUGGCCAGGGCCCGCAUCUCUGAACCCAGACCCGGUCCCGAGAGAGGCUCUCGGCUGGGGAGGGACCUGCCAGACAUGGCCAGCCCCAAGGAGGAGCUCUCCAGGCGGCUGGGAGAUCCUGAGCCGGAGAAGCGGGGAAGAGCCGCCCUUGCCAACGGUGAGCCCAGACGGCGCCAUACACCCUCCCAGGAGACACAUCCUUUGUGUGAAAAUCACACUGGCCCCAAGCACUCAGAGGGCCCCCCCACACCCCGGAGGGUUGAGCCCAGGUACGCCGUGGUGCCCGCCGUCGGGGAGCGCGCGCACAGCGAGGCCGUCCCCACUGCGCCUGAGGAGAAGGCAGUGGCCCUCCACAGCCGGUCCCGGCUCUCGCUUGAGGGCCGGCGGUCCCAGGAGGCCGGUCCUGCCGGCCCGGAGUGCGGCCCAAGGGGCCAGGAGUCCGUCCAGUCCAUCCAGAGGGCCAGCUCGGUUUGGGAGGCUCGAGGGGCACUGGAGGCUGGCGGGAGCUGCCCGUUGCCCAGAUGGUCGGCCGAACUGGUGGCGAACUGGCAGAAGGUCACGGUGCGCGCCGGCCAUGAGACCCACGCCCUUGAGCCCACCACCGUGAGGGCCACCGAGGCUGCUGUCGGGGGGGAUCAGCAGGACAGGUCUGAAGGGGCCAGAAGCAAGCCAGGGGCAGGAGUGAGGGCUUCUCCUCCCAGGACUCAGGACCAGCCCACCGACCCCAGAGCUGGAGCCGCACUAGACACAUGUGUGAAGAAGGGGCCCCUGGUGGCGGCUGAGGGCCGGGCUGACCCAGGUCCUGAAGUCCACCUGCAGAAGGCCAGCUCCCCUGACCCCAGGACGGACAGAUGGAGGCGGCGGACUUUGCCCCACGAUGUGAAGUUCGAUGCAUUUGGCCUCCUCCCUGUGGAGCACUCUCUGAGGGAGGAGCAGAAGCCAUCAGAUUGUGGGGACCCUGUAGCCGGUGCCUUACAAAAACCCCAGCUGACCCACCACGGGGUGGGGACGCUGGAGGGGACCCCAGGUGCUUCACAGGACCGUGAUGUCUCAGUGGUGAAGCAAGGGUCACCUGUGGAACCCAAGGCGACCUUUUUUGCUGUGACCUAUCAGAUUUCCAGUGCUCAGAAGGCCAAGGGUAGUGUUAUGUCCGGGCCUGAAAACUUGCUGGAACGCUCUAGGAAAAUUGCUCCACCUCUGUCUCCUCGUUCUUGUACAUCCACGUUGGUUUCUCUUCACCGUGAAGGGUCACAGGAGAUGCUGGGCAGUAAACACUGGGCAAAGGGAGGAGAGCGUGAAAAUGUGAGCAUUUCAAAAAACCUGAAGCCGACAGACUGUCUGUCGUUGCUUGGAGACAGGAUUCCAGCUGCUUCUCGUGAAAGAAUCAUUGAUGUGGAUGCAUUAUGGAGUCACCGGGCAUCAGAAAAUGGUACUUGCUUUCAGAUGGGUUGGAAGGAUGGUGGAAGCAAGAUGCCCCCCAGCAGCAGUGUGCCCCAAACUACCCCGCCUUUGCGGCGGCGUCCAAAAGAGCACCCCAGCAGAAGGAAGACUGAUGUGGUCAGUGAGACAUUCCCAGGUAAAGACAGAGAUGGCUACAGGUCCAGUGUUCUGGACAUCGACGCCCUGAUGGCAGAGUACCAGGUGCCAUCCACAAGGGUCCCCGGAGAGCCUCAGGAGCGGAAGGAGAGAACAUGGUGGGAGCCCGACAGCUUGCCUUGUGAGAGGCCAAACCCUCGAGGCUGGGUGGAACACAGGAGAAGGAGCCUAAGAGAGGUCUCUGAGGCCAAGCGUGUCUGGAAACAGGCCAGCACUACCGACACAAGCCACAGCUCCACUCCUGGCUCAGGCAAGCAGCCAGCAGAGACCCGGGUGGCAGCUGCGAACACCAAAUCCAGUUCUCCUCUGUGGGCUCUGCCACACCCAGCUCCUUCUGAAAAGCAUCCAGGAGCCUCCUCAGUCCCUGUGGGUCCUAGGAAGACAGUCUCAGGGAUCACUGAGGAUGACGAAAAGGUCUUCGCUAUUAAACAUCACAGUGCAAAGUGUCAGAAUUACCCGACUGAGUCAAAGCUCUCUGGCUGGGAGGAUUCAGGCAGUGGGGUCAGAGUGUCAUCCAAAUCACCCCCCACUGACUGGAAGAAAGGGAACCCAAGGAAAUCCAUUGGGCGAGGAGAGGACAUCAGCCUGAACCAAUGGGGUAGCCACCCACGGGACUGUGCAAGGUCUCCACCAGAUGUCAAGAGGGUCUAUUCAGAGAAGGGUCCCCCUGCCAAAAUUCGAGAGGGCCUGUCCUUCAUACAUGAAGCCAGAGAGAGGAGACAAGAGCAGCCCAAAGGGAGGCCCAGCCUCCCUGGGGAGAGUUCAGAGGCCAAAAUGGGGCCCUGUUGGUGGGAAUCAGGUACCCGAGACAGUCACAAGGUGCUGCCACGGGACCUGGAGAAGGAAGGUGGCUUCCAGAACAAUGAGUCCCCGCUCCGGCAACUGUCCCCUGUAGCCUCGGGCCCCUGGAGAAGCCACAGCUUCUGCAAGGACAGGAAGAGUGGUCCCAUUGUGGACCAACUGAAGCAGUGUUUCUCUCGGCGUCCCCCUGAGGCCAAGGACACUGACACCCUCGUGCAUGAAGCUGACAGCCAGUAUGGGACAUGGAUGGACCAGCGGCAGAGCAGGGAGAGCUUGGGCCCUGAAUCCCCGGACAGCAGUGCCGCAUCGGCGCCGAAACAGCCCCCCAGCAGCCGCCUGUCUUCUCUGUCCUCCCACACGGAGCCCACCUCAGCCGGGGACCAGCACGAUGGCUCCAGGGACCAGCAGAGCACCAGUGUGGACCACUCCAGCACAGAUCUGGAGUCCACCGAUGGGACGGAGGGGCUGCUCCCCUCAGAUGCCUACCCUGCACAGAGAGUGGACGACUUCUCCUUCAUCGAUCAAACCUCAGUUCUCGACUCAAGUGCCCUCAAGACCCGGGUGCAGCUCAGCAAGAGGAGCCGCCGCCGGGCCCCCAUCUCCCACUCCCUCCGGCGCAGCCGGAUCAGCGAGUCGGAGAGCAAGUCUCCUUUGGAGGAAGAGACUGACAGCACGUGGAUGUUCAAGGACUCAACAGAAGAGAAAUCGCCCCGGAGGGACGAGUCGGACGAGGAAGAGAAGCCAUCUAAGACUGAGAGGACGCCCGUCAGCCAUCCUCAGAGGAUACCUGUGUUUCCAGGCGUGGAUCCGGCAGUGCUAAAGGCUCAGCUCCACAAGAGGCCAGAGGCGGACAGUUCGGGUGAGACCCUCAGCUGGGCCCCCCAGCCCAAGAGCCCCAAGUCCCCCUUCCAGCCCGGGGUGCUGGGCAGCCGCAUGCUGCCCUCCAGCAUGGACAAGGAUGAGAGGUCGGAUGAGCCCUCUCCCCAGUGGCUAAAGGAGCUGAAGUCCAAGAAGAGGCAAAGCCUUUAUGAGAACCAAGUUUGACCAGACAGGAGACACCGCCACAUCUAAUCAACAGAAGCCUUAACUGUCAGAGCCCGCAGAUGAAGCCCAGCUGCUGCCGUUUCCUCCUGCAUAGUGCUUACGUGCCUGGGCCCUUCCUAUUGGGUGAAGAACAGUGUCCCGUGCCCCCUGCAUCCAGGCACGAAGACCCAUCUUCCAUGAGCCUCGCUCAGCCCCCAGAUGGCACUUCAGGCUGGAGAAGACGCCAGGCUGCCCAGAAACGUCCACGCGGGUGUUUGCACUUUUUAUGUAAAAAUUUGCAUUCCUGCCCACCCUCGACACCUUCAGCAGCUCCAGGGACAUCCAUGUGAGGCUGGACCAUCUCCCUCAGUUCUGGAAACACCUGAAUUGUGAUAGCACCUCUUUGCCCCACCCCAGGGCAGGUCUUUUUAGGAAGGACGUUUCUGAGGGAGGAAGAUCAGCCCCUCCUUUUCCUACUGUGAUCUCAGUCAAGGAGAAAACACGUUACCCCUGGGUUGGAGCUUUUGAUUGUUUUUUUGGUUUUUUGUUUUGUUUUGUUUUGCGAUUUCCUUCUUCCCCUUGAGGAAUCAGCAGUUUGACUUUUUAAACAUGCCCUCCCUGGUUAUUUCAAGUGUAUUUAUCCUUCUAGUGGGACUGUGUGCUUAAUUGGCAUGUGGCACUGUAUGUCAUUUUUAUUUGCUUUAGGAGACGAUAAAGCAAUAAUUCAGCCAAUUUUCUUUGAAACUUGAUAUGUAUAUAUGUUUUUAUGUUAAAGGACAGGAGGAAAGAUGUGUGAAUUGUUUGUCUUGAAGUAUCAAAUCACCUCAGGUUAUCUUAUCCCUAUCCAAACUUUUAAAAAUUUUAAUUGUCACUCUUAUACAUAUUUCCUGGUUACUUUUCACUUGAGCUCUGUAGGGUGACCUUUGUUCCUCAGCCUCAAGGGUUCAUAAGCUGCAGCCCGGAGGGCGGUGCCUUUGCCACUUAAACAUCAGACUUGCCCCCAGGAAUCUUUUUCUCCAGUCUUUUUUUAACACAACGUGGGCUACUGGCAUGGAAGGACCUUUCCAGAUUGGCUCCAAAACGGAUGUGUGAAUGAGGGGUACUUUUUUUCUUUCUCACCUCGUUUUCCCCCACCCAAUCUGAGCACUUCUCUUGCUCCCAACACAAGUCUUGCUGAAAAUCCUUCUCUGUGGGGGAGUCCCCUAGGCCAGGGACCCAGGACAGAAAUGCUGGAUGCUCUCGAUUGAGGAAGCAUAAGGCCAGCCUGCCUCCUUUUCUCUUGCUAGCUAGAAGUUCCUUCCUGGGAGUCUCCCAAAACCCCAGGGGCUCCAGACCCUCUCUCCUCUGUCCUUCCUUUUGGAAAUCCUCAACCCUUGCCUCCUCCACUUCUGAAGCCCAAGACUACAGCAGACGACUCAGAUUUGCCUGACUGACCACCUGCUGUGCCUGGAGCUGCCAUAGUCUUCGUGCCAACCUUGCCUGGGAGACACCCAUUGUGAGAUGCUUGGACAGUCCUGGACCAUCCUGCGACUGCUGGGGCCAUGUGGCUAGUGGAUCCAUGCAUAGCACUCACUGGAGAUGGAAGCCGGGCACACGGGUGCCCUCCACCUCACCCUUCCCUGCUUCCCAUGAGAUGCAAGUCUCUCGGAAAAUUCAUUAUUUGCAGAUGGUGUCAAAACAUGCUGCUCUUCCCACUGGCCGCUUUUCCGAGAGUUCAUUUGUCUUUCCAUUUCAUUUUUGCCCCUCAUUUCCCUUUCCCCUUCCCACCUCUUUUCUCUCUUGGGGUUUGGGGGGGGUAAGUAGCAAUCCUCUGUUUCUCCAGAUUAAGGUAAACACCUGUGUCCUGGUGAGAAGUUGCAGUUCAGCACCAGGGACAGCCACCCGCCCACCACCCGCUAGAGGCCUGCGAGUGAGCUCUGGCUGUUGAUGGGCAGUUGCUGGGCUCUGUCACCUGCCCAGCUUUUACAUCUGGACACCUCCUGCGUCUGAACUUGGGUGUGUGGCCAUGUUUGAGGAUAGUUUGUCCUCUCUUCAUUGAGUUAGUGACCAGCCAGUGCUCUCUGACCACUUGGGCACCUAACUCCUCCAGGAGCUGCUUCUGUUGAUGUUUUUUAAGAUUCAGUUUAAGUUCUUUCCAAGUCAAUAAGCCUCCCCCUUUAAAGCACACUCGUGUUUUGACCCCAACUCACUUCUUGGCUACUACCUGUCUCUCCCUCAUUUGGAAAGGGCCUCUUGGUGCCAUCACAGGCAGUGUGGGAAGGCUUUGCUCUUAAGCAUAUCAACACUCACAGCAAGACUCUCCAUUCUUCAUGAGAUAUUUUAGCCCAAGAUGCGACAGGAAAGAAGACACUUGGUGAUGAAAUUGACCUGGAGAUCUUCUGCCUCAGUGGGUUGGAAAAAAAAAAACAACUCACUGAAUCUCGUGUUGAUUAGGACAAACGAGUCCACCCCCUUGAAACUGACCAGGGCAAGCCCUGAAGAUCUUCACCUCCUUUGAUUCUUGCAGCCUCGUCUCCUCCAGCACCACAAGACAGGCAAUCGCAGGGGUCAGGCAUGACCCUCUUUCUGUAGGCAGGCUCCCAUGUUCUCUGAGUCCUGCUCCCAACCAAUGCAAUGAAGUUAGAAGUGAACCACACGGGAGGCUUUGCAGGUAGCUGGGCAGAUGGGUGCUCACUUCUCUUUCUAAACUAGUGAGCUCUUCAGGGCUAAGCAGGUGGCUGUUGGCUAGUUUCUCAAGUUUCUCUGGAGCCCUCUCUGGAAAUCUGUCUUCUUUUAAAUGAGCUGAGUAUGCCUUAAUCGUUUGUGUGCAAUCAAGCCAGCGGCCCCCCAUCCAGGUCUCCUACCCAGGGGCUUUGACUCUCCUCAGAUGAGAGAAUCAGAGUCAGUCAAGCAAAAUGCAGGUUUCUGUGUGUUACACGCUCUUUCCCCCUCCCCCACACAUCAGCAUUUUGACAGCUGGUCUUUGGAUAGAUCUGUUUCCUCUGCAGUAGGUGCCCUUCUUCAUGGUCCUCUGCCUAAUGAAGCAGAGGUCUUUGCCUGUGAAAUUCCACACCAAGGCCUCAGAAGUCAGUGUUGUGGAAUUCCUCAGUGCCACCCGAGCAAUUCUGGUGGAAGAGAAACCCCGUGGUGUUCAGGAUGUUGUGGUUUUGAGUGACUGUGUCCUGGCAGCCUCAGGUCACCCAGGAUUCAGGGAAAGGACAAUCGGAUGGCAACGUUCCCCAGGGGGACUCACCAAGUCCCAUGUUUUCAGGCAGGUACAUUUUCCUUCAUGCAUCAGCAGUGAGGCCAAUGUCAGGUUAUUGCUAAGAAGGAGGAUGGAAGCAGGCAGAAGCAGAGGAUCUAGACCCUAGAGGCUGAGCCAGGGAUCUGGAAGGACCCUUAGUGUGAUUUUCCUAAAGAGUCCUCAGCUGCUCCCACCUGGUACCCAUGGCUGUCUUGUCAAUCCAUGCAUUCAGAUUUUCAGUCCUGAUAGACCCCCACGUGGCUUCUGGAACUAGGCGUAGUGACAAAGUUUAAAGUCCCUCCUCCCCAGUUUAGAUGUUUACAUGCAGCAAGGCGAGACAUCCUGUGGCCUCUGAAGGUGCCGCUGCCCCCUCCCACCAUGUGUUAAAAGUAUGGAAGCCACCAUCCCUGGUGUCACAACUCUGUGGGGCAGGAGGAGCAGUACCCAGGUGGGGGAGCUGCUGGUGGCAGGCAGGACCCACUCCUCGCCCAGAAGGCAACCUGCCUUGGGCUCCAUCCCCUUCGUGAGGGGGACCCCUUGCCCUGUGCUGGGAAGCUGCUGGGAGUCACCCCGGAAUUCUGGGCAGGCCAAGGUUCUGGAAGCCUAGAGCCACGUGAACAGCCAGGGGGCAUGAAUGUGCCAUUCCGCCCACCCCCACACUCACUCCCCUGCUGAAGGAGGAGCAGAAAUCCAGGCUCUCUGCUCCGGAAAGUAAGCCUAGGGUGUCUGGCAAGUCUACCCUUGAAGUCAACACCCCUCAUCCUCCCCCCUUGGCCUUCCCAGAGUCUCCUUAAAUAGUUGUGUUCCCACCUGUGCUGUAGCAUCUUCUGUGCCCGGACGAACACUUCCUUGACAAUCCCCAGUGGCAUCACACCAGCUAAAAGUGAUGCUGUUGUCUAAAGAAGAAUUUGAGUUUUGUAACGACCUCCUUCCACAUAGCCUUACAGAUCCUGCAUAUAGGGGGCUCACAAAAGUAAUAUAUUGCAUUAUGGAAGAUACUUUGUACCGUGCUGUUCCCUAAAUCAUACCAGUGUCCCAGAAGUCAUGCACUUCUCAGGUGAUUCUGACCCUCAAAAUGCUUUGUAAGAUGAGGUGCGGGUGGAAAUCUAUUUAAAUAUAGUCUAUAUUUUCCUAACCUUUCUUCCGGGUCCCUCUUCAGAUAUUUGAGUCAUGAUAGAAAAAGAACCCGAGUUCUGUGUGUAGGAGAGAGAUGCUUCCUGCCUGCGGGUUCUUGCAGUUGCCUUAUGAAUUCACAAGCUCUAGGAGUUCUGAGUGGAAGGCAGACGAGAGGCCCUUUAUCCGAUCCCAGAAAGAAUCUCUAACCGUGUGACUGAGAAUUCAUCUAGAAAAACUUAUAUUUUUAAUGUAAAAAAAAAUACGGGGCUUUCUGGACUUCACAGAGUAUUGGAUGUCUACAAGUGCUUUUAUAUUUUGUAACUGUAAAGAGGUUUCAUAUGCACAGAAGAGCAGUUGGGAAUCAGUCCACUGCAGUAAACAAGAUGACCUUUGCAUGUACAAAGAUGUUGCAUUCAGAUGACGAAAAAAGCAAAUAAAGCUUUGAAGCAAGUUGCACUGGAGAA